CAUUGUGACUCGACUUGCCAGCAUGACCAUUGGCGCCGCGGCCACAAGCAGAUGUGUAAGAAGAUACACCGCGGCGGCAACGCAGAACAGUAUAAUGCAGACAAAAAAUACAAGGAGGCCGUCGCGGAGGCCGUCGAGGAAUGCGCGGACGACACGAAGGGCCAGACGUGCUACAUCUGCACGCAAGCCCUCCACUGGAAGACGAAGGAGGGCCUCGUGCGUGGGUGCGCGUGCCGCGGGACGGCGGGUUUCGCUCAUGUUUCUUGCUUGGCGGAGCAGGCGAAGAUUUUGAUCGCGGAGGCCGAGGAGAACAAUUUGGACUACAAGGCGUUUAAUCUGAGGUGGCCACGGUGGUGGAAGUGUAGCCUGUGCGAGCAAGAGUACCACGGCGUCGUGCGGUGUGCGCUCGCGUGGGCGUGCUGGAAAAUGUACGUGGGCCGGCCGGAGGUGGACGAGACUCGGCAAUUGGCGAUCAGCGUGCUUGGGAACGGUUUAUUCGCUGCAAAACACGACGAGGACGCGUUGAUCGUGCAAGAGGCCGAGUUGUCUAUGCGGCGGCGCCUUAACGCACCAGAAGGAAACAUUCUCAUCGUGCAGACAUGUCUUGCGAACUCGCAUUUGAGGCUUGGACGAAACGAACAGGCCUCAAACAUGCUUCGAGAUAUAUACUCUGGACGUGUGAGGCUCAAUGGCGAGGAAUCCAGAGACACGAUCAUAGCAGCCCUCAACUACACAUCGUCCCUUGGUGUCCUGCGGCGCGUAGAAGAAGCCAAGUCGCUGUUGCGUAAAACGGUCCCCGUGGCGCAACGCGUUUGCGGCGAGAAUGAUGAGAUCACGCUCAGGGUGAAGUUGACUUACGCGAUGGCGCUCUACCGGGACACGGGCGCCUCGCUUGAUGAUCUCCGCGAGAGCGUGACGAGGCUCGAGGAUUUGGAACGAGUCACGCGGCGCGUGCUCGGCGGCGCGCACCCGAUCACAACUGGGGUUGAGUUGCGCCUGCAAGAGUCCCGGGCGGCGCUCCGCCGCAAAACGCCGUCGCCGGGGAGCGCCUAA